AGGCUAUGAAUAUCAUGUACGAAUAAAUUAGGGGAGCUGUCGCGCAGCCUGGAAAGGAGGAGUGAUGUCUGACCGAGAAAGCACUGAGGAUCAGUCUCAGGGGCAAGGGGUCCAAGAACUGGCCAGCAAGAGUCUCACUGUGCAGACCAAAAGAUACUACAUCGAUGUCAAGCAAAACAGGAGAGGAAAGUUCAUUAAAAUUGCCGAGAUGGGGGCCAGCGGCGGCAAGAAUAGGUUAACGCUUGCCAUGUCUGCCGCCGCGGCGUUACGUGAUCACAUGACAGAUUUCAGUGAGCACUACGCCCAGCUCGGCCCUCCCAACCCGGACAACCCACCAGAAGAUGGCCGGCUCAAGAGUGAAGUCAUCAUCAAUGAAAACAAGCGUUAUUACCUUGAUCUCAAAGAAAAUAACAGGGGCAGAUUUCUAAAGGUUUCACAAACUGUCAACAGAGCACGGCGUACCCAGAUAGCCCUCCCAGCCCAAGGUUUGGUAGAAUUCAAGAAUGCCCUUACGGAGCUCCUAGAUGAAUUUGGAACUGAAAACGGCUCAGCUGAAGUCCAGCCUGAAUUACCGGAUAAUCGCUUCAUCAGAGUAGAAAAUAAAAACUUCUAUUUUGAUAUUGGCAACAACUACAGAGGCAUCUUCAUGCGCGUCAGUGAAGUACAGCCUCGUAACCAGUACCGUACAUCCAUCACAAUCCCGGAGCGAUCGUGGGCACGCUUCCGCGACGUCUUCAGCGACUAUGUUGACAAGAUGAAGGAGCUACGAGCAGCCCCGGUGGAGGAAGAAGAGGAGGAUCAAGAGCAGGAGCAUCAAGAUGGCGAUGGUGAGGGGGACGGGGAUGAGGAGUAACUCUGACCCUCCUUGUAUUCAGCCGUCGUAAGUACACCUCAAGAAAAACGGGGUUGGCUACAGGGGCUCGGCAGUACAGUUCAUGGAUCUGAUAGGGGUAAGUGCACUGUCUCCCAAAUCAGAGACAGUGGAAAUAUACCUUGAUCUAGUGGGAAGAUAUGUAACACUCGUUUGAGAGUCAUUGGAAGAGAAGGAGAAUCCGUACAGAUAACCUGCUCUGGGAUGUUUUGGAUGGUAAGGUCUAGAUCACAAGUUGAAUUUAAUUGACUACAGCGGGGUAUAUUUUGGGUAAAAGCUAAGAAAAGUAUAGAAAAUUUAUCGGAAUUCUAAGUCGGGAUAUGUAAUGUACCUGGCAAGAAUGCGUAAUUGUUAUUCAGAGUUUUGAUCAGGAAUAGUUAAGAAAACAGAGAUAGCAACAAGAUGUCUCGUAUAUUUAGAAUCGGAGGGAAGAGGGGAUCACAUGAGGGGGUCUGUUGAAGGUCAUGGCCAAGACUCGUGCUGACGUUAAUAUUCGCUUACUGAAUUGUGAAUGACUGUUAGUGUCGUUUCGUGUCUUCAAGAACACAAUCAGACAACGUUUGGUAAGCAUUUUGAUGUGUGUAGACAGUGGUGUGUGACAUUGAAGGUGUUGGAGUAUUUGUAGCAAGGUAAAUGAGACUAUAUGAGAAAGUGAAAGCAAACCGGUAGUCUGAUGAGCAACUGGUUACCCUGUCACUUUGAUUGCACUGUACGCCGUCUUUGUACACACCCUACCAGAUACACUGAGCCAAAAUGAAUACCAAAUUGUAUUAAAACAAGGAUUCAAACUGUAAAUUCUGAAUAUAGUUUGAUUAUUGAAAUACUUUUUUGUACGAACUUUCACGUAUAUGGAUGUGAGAUAUUCUGUGGUUACCGGUGCUUUGUAUAACUCCAGUACAAAUAUAUACCAUUUGAGUUGUCAACAUUUAUUUUAUUUCCAAGUCAACUAGUUCUUUCAAACUGUAUGAUACAUUAGCUUCCCUCAAUAUGAAUAAAAGAAAACAUUUCAAAUGACUAGUCUGUAUGUCCAGCUGUUUCUUGGAAAGUCAUACUUUGAAGAUAAUGUCAUAUACACCUUAGAAAGUGUACACUAUAAGAAAGCAUUUGUUCUGCAAAAUCCAGAAAAAGAAUUAUAUCAGUUCUUAAAUAGUCUGACUUUAAGUCUAACCCCCUUGAUAGGAUCGUCCCUCACUCUUACAAAAUCCAACACCAUGUGGUAACUCAACACCCAAGCUGUUGGACUCUGAUUAUGGUGGUACAUGUAUAUAAAAGCAUUAUAAUCACUAUACCAGUGCAGUCCUCACUCCAACAGAAUCAAACAAAACAUGCAGUUGGAUUUUGAAGAGUUGGUCCGGGUUGGAUAGGGUUAAGCUCAUUUGUGGGGACAGGUCACAUAGCGUCUUACAGCAAAGUUAACACUUACACAUAGCAUGUAUUCAGAAAAGAACAAGUCUAGCAUAAAGGAGAUCAUAGAAACAAGGAAAUAUUGUACCGGUAAACCUCACUGCUCACAAACACUACUCCUCCAAUUCCGUUUUGAAGAAACAGCUGGACGUAACCAAAACAAAGAUGCCCUUCCUUCGAUCGGAGUGUUCAGUCAGAUUGCUUGAUGAACCAAAGCCAAAACUAGUUGUUUUUUCUUCGCCUUUCAUUCACUGAUCCUUUUCAGAUGAUCUCUUACAUGAAGAGAUUGGGCGUAAUUAUAGCCACUCGUCGCACUGAUUUCCAGUGGAUUUCAUCUCACAUGUGCACGCUUCUUUCACAUUAAACCCCUCUUUCUAAUGAUUUGCAAGCCCAGGAUAAAAACCUCGUCGUCUGAAUAAUUAGGGACCCAAAGUACCUGUAAGAACCUUUUUAAGGACGUUACUUAAUGGAUAAGUUCCCAUUUGCCUGAGAGUGUCCAUCCUAAUCCUUAUUCUGUUGCUAGUUUUAAUAGAAUGUUAACAGCACGCAUCUCGCUACUUUGAGAUAAAACAAAAAGAGAAAAGAAACUAGAGGUUCAACGAAAUUCUAGUAUUGAAAUACCUGUCGUCAAUUGUGCUCGAAAUAUAUUACCAGGUUUUUUCAUGCCAUCUAUUUAAAUCUCCAGGAUACUGGUACAUGCAGGUUUUAAUGGAAUAUUAACAGCAAACAUCUCACAACUGAUGUUUACUGUACUUAUGUACAUGUGUGUGUGUACUGAUCCAUGUAGCCCUGCCCAAAGUUGUUUGGACCAAUCAUAGUUGUGAUUAAUAUCCAACAUGCGUGCACAAAAUGUCAGACAUGCGUGCAUGUGUGAAUGACGCGCACAGCUGGAAUAGGCAGGUUGGCAGUGAAGAGGUGCCUGUGUGGUCUGCGUGUGCAGUUGACAGGACUUAACGGAUCGAUGUAUUGUCAGUGAACCAAUUGAAACAACUACAUGUACUUUAAUUGAUACUAUAGAGCUACACAAAAUUGUUUGUAAAAAAAAUCGAACCCUAUACACAGUGUCCACAAAUUGCAAUUCUUGCCAAUGACAGAUUUUCUUUGAGCCACUCAUCAAUACAGCUUGCUUGUGUACAGCUGACCAAAGAAAAAAUGUUUUUAAAAGUUUGAUCAAGAUCUGAGCAUUGCUAGUGUCAAACGUUGAGAGCAGUAAAAGUGUACACAAAAUCUAUGGGAUUUGCAUUAGAACAAAAAGAAAGAAAAGAAAGUAGAGGUCCAUACUCUGUCCGACGAAAUUCUAGUAUUGAAAUAGUUGUCACAAUUUUUGCUUUAAAUAUGAUACCAGGUUAUGCAUGCCAUCUAGAACUGUGUAAACAAUGUAUUGCAGAUGCUGCCACACCUGGUACAAUUCACCUGUUGAUGAUAAACUUGUCCUCAAUCCUGGAUAUUUAAAGUUAGAGAGGAUUCCUGAGAAAUGACGACAUUAGCCAGUCUGGAUGUGAACUUGUGUCAGUUCAAGCCAGUUUAUGUUCAGUCGGUGCCCCUUUAACACAUUUCAAUUGCAUGCAUAGUGAAACCUUGUUUGAUAUGAAAAUAUGUGUAGAUGGAAGCUCUUUUAAAAUUUGACCCUAUAAUCAGAUCUUACUCAAUAUGAACUAAUAGUUCACUAAUAGUUCAUAUUGAGUUAUAUCUGAUUAUAGGGUCAAAUUUGGACAAAGGAAUGCAUCAAUGCAAAAUUGAAUUCACAAGAAUUAGUGUUUUCUACCUGAAAGUUGUUUUUAGAUUUACCAUGUUGGUAUUCAUGCUAAUAUGAAUUUCCAUAUUCAUGAGCAAAACUGUGAUGUCAAUCAAGGCAAACACCACGUUGGCUAUAACUAGUGUUUAAGAAUAAACAGCAGAUAUUUGAUUCUGCCAAAAUACUUCUUAAACUCAGAAGCAACUUGUUUGAAGCAGCAUUCAUUUGUGACUCUUGCUAUGUUUCCUUCAAGUACCAUAGGUAUUAUUUAGAAAUGAGUCCGGAUUCUCAAAUUAAAACAGAAGGAUUAGGUUGGACACUUAUGGAUAGUUGGAGUAUUUCUUGUUAUUAAUGAUACUACAAAGUGUAAGGUUAAAAGCAGCAAUGUAUGUUAAUUUAAUAUUAAAGACAGAAAAAGCAGUAAAGUGUGUGGGGUUGGGGCAAUGGCUGGAAGGAUACAUUGCAUGGUUUCCGGAUGUGGUUUAAAAUAACACACCUGUAACUUCCCCUUAAAUAAGUAUAGCCCUUGAUAUUUGGUGAUAUUCGGUGAUAUUCGUAUUUCGUAAGAGCAGAACGUAAAAUUGUUGUGCCCGUGAGUGUGGCCAAAUAUGAGUAAAUUGAAAGAAAGAAAACUGAAUUUGAUCAGGGAUGUGUACCAAGGCUAUGUAUUCAGCAAGUCAUAUUGGCCCAGCCCCUAUUUGCUAUAAUUAGGAAAAGAUGUGGGUACAAUGUGUAAUGAUUGGCUAGAUGUACAUGUAACAGGACUUUUCAUUGGCUUGCUCAUGACCAGAGAUAUGCAAAUGAGUUGCCUUGUGGAUAUAAUGAUGCGACGGGACUUCUCAUUGGCUGACUGAGAUAUGUUAAUGACUUGGCCUGCUACUAUGGAUGUAGUAUAUGCACAAUGGAUGUUGUAAGUUUUUAUUCCUUGGCAUUGUUUCUUGUGUAUAUAACCACUUUGCUGGCUUUAUAUAUCUACAGGCUAGAAGCUGUGUUUGGCCCUUAGUAAAUUAAUUAUGAGAUUUGAAUGGUGUUGUGAAGAUGAUUGAAAAUGUACCUGCCCGAAGGGUCUUCAACCAAAACAGUCUGAUCUUGAAUACGGCUCGAUACAGCUGACACUUUGCAGUAAAAAAAAAUUGGAAUUUCCUCCAACUUUUUGUUAUUUUUGUUCAAGUUGUUUAUGAUGCAAAUGGAAAGUGCUGCAAGUCAGACUUCAAGGCAUUGCUAUUUUUUACCUGACUUAUAUGCCAUAAGAUCUUGAUGAAUAAUGACCCGUAAGAUGCAUACAUCUAAGGCUUGUUCAUGACAAUUCUAUUUAUAGGACCUUUCUGUUCUUGUGUCAAUAACGAUGCUUUUCUCAUGCACAUUAUAUAGCUCUUAAAACCUGUACUAAGUACGGUGGUCACACGAUUUUCAGAACUGCCUGAACUAAACGCAAAAAAAUAUAUAUAAUCUCCCAUCGUUCCAAAAUCCAUUAGGAGUUUAGAAUAGUGUUCAUGGUUAUGAAAGGUAUACCUAUGGUAUAUAACCAUCAAUGCUUAUUGUACGUGAUGCCCCUAUACAUUUGAGGUUCUAAGGAGUUAAGGACAAAUGAUGCAGGCAUAAUUAUAUUGCAGAUCCAUGUUCGCAUUGCAUCAUGGGUAUGGAUGACAAACACGUAAUGCAGUUUAUGCACAAAUAUACGGGGAAAGGAACAGUCAAGCUUUGAAUUUUUUUUUUUUUUUUUCCAAGAUUAAGUGAUCAUCAAUUCACUUAUAAAGUUAUGCAUAGAAUAUAACAAAUAUAUUUUUUUAAAUAACAUUCUGUUUGUUUUACUUCAGAAAUAAAAGUAAGAAAUAACUUUUAAUUCAUUUCCGGGUACUAGUCAUCAUAGGUCCAGUGGAACAAUUGUGAUUUGGCAGUGUUGAAGUUUGAGCUUGAUGUUUUGAUUCUGAUUGGUCAAUAUUGGCAGAGUCUCUAACUGGUCUCUAAAAAGGAUUCCCCAAAACUGUCUUCGUUUUAAUAAGCUUUAAAAAUUGACUUUUAAAAUGAUUAUAUUUCAAAUUGCCAAUGCAGCAAUGUGUGGAAAGAUAAUCACUAAAUUCUCGAUGUAAUGAGGAGGAAUCAAAUGAAAAUUGUAACUGGUACUCGGCCCCAUAGGUCUUUGCACAACUUGCCUGGUUUGUGUGUCACCCAGACCCAAGAUGCCUUGCGAAUAUUUUUUUCUGGAUAAAGUAAAAAGAUCAAACGCAAGCCAGUAAAAGAAACUUUGUUCGAUCAGCUAUAGUUUGGCCAAGACUCUUUGGACAGGUACAGUGUAACCAUAUGCAUGUAGACAUUUUUGAAAGCAUUUCCUUGCAAAUUAAAAAAAAAAGCUUGUAAAAUGGUGCGUAGGUGUUUGAAAAGAGUAAGAGAGUUUAUACCACGCAGGCAGCAUUCUAAGUGCGGACAGGUUAUCCACGGGAGAUUUGUCAGUUAUAUCCCUUCGAAGGUCCUUAAAAUAAAUAAAAUGUCUUUCCCCCGAAUCAAAAAGAAAUAAACAUAUGUACGCCAGGUAUAAGAAAAUUAUUCUUGCGCAUUCUGAAUAAGGGCUAUUCUUGAACCAAUGUAGCAUCGUCAUUUUCUGGUCACAAGUAUUAAUAUCUUUAUUGCAGCAGUUCCUCCUCGUUAAAGAAAAGGAAACAUGUUAAUAAAUUUGGAGCAAUAUCAACAUGUCAUUGUAGACAUUGCAUGGAAGUGUAUUGUAGUCCUUGACUAAGUUUCACAAACUGUUAAGUAAAUGUUACACUUUGUACACACCAGAAGAUUGAAAUCAUCGCAAGAAGUUUGGACCUAUGUACAUGUACCUGUGCAUACCGUGAGUGUUUGCUCUGCCGUGGUUAAAAUCUCUUGUAGCGUGUCAUUUGACCUGUAAGCAUACUUUAAUGAUGUCAAAUAUUCACACUGAUAAGAUAAGAACUAGAGUGCUGGGUAUCAUCUUGUAACCCGUGUUAUGUUCUCGUUUGUUUGAACUUGUCUACUCUGUAGCUCAAGUUUCAAAUACUGAUAUUACUUUUAUUCCGUUUUUAUGAGAUGUAUUCUUCCUUUAAUGAGAGCUGUUCCGAUUACUUCUUUCUUUUGCCCAAUCUUCUAUACCAGAUCUCUUCAAUUCCAGAGAUAAAAGAUCUUGACAGUAUUUGGGCUAAAACAGUAAAUAUCAAUGAGCUUCCAAACUGUUGUGGGUUGAAAUCAAAUGAUCACUAUACUGCUGGUUGGAUCCUAACAACAUUGGGCUCAGUUUUUUCCCAAAAGAUAUGGCGGAAAUGUUAUUGUGGUAUUAUAGUUUAUACUUUGUUAUUGGACAAUAUACCUUAUUGUACAGUGCUUGUCUACCAAAUUCAAAUAGCGCCAUUUCAGAGCUACAGCAAACCAAUCAAUUGACAUUCUAGGUGCAAUACGUGAAUGUAAAAUAUCCUUACAUUUCAUUUCAGUAGUUUUUUUUUUAUAUGUCUUACAGCCCAAUUUCUGAGCUUUUAUGAGUUGUGGAAGACGAAAUUAACGAUCCCUAUAUCGGGAACAAUAAUAGUCCUGAUUUUGGAGACUUUUGAACUAUACAUAUCAGUUAUGCUGAUGACCUGUCAACAAAGAAUUCAGUUCCAAUAGUUUUAUUUUUUUUCUGUCUCUAUCUUUGUUUUUCCUUUUGUUUCGUCAUAAUAAGCCUACAAGUUUGAAGCCUACAAUUGUGCAGGAAUUCGGCGAGAAAUGAUAUCUGCCGUGAAAGGUUGUAUUCAUUGUUAUGGUUAUCCCCCGUUGAAAUUACCUACAUCAAAUUAAUUUGUACCCGAUGGGUACGGUUGGACACGUGGCUUUGUUGCAUCCAGCACGAACAGUCACAGUUGAAGCUGCAACUUCUUGUGUUUUCAUCGGAAUUUGAGGUUAUGAUUGUGACAGUUCUGUUGUUGUUUUUCAAUUUGUUUUACCAAGAUUUGAAUGUUGAAGACUGGCAAUAGAGUUUACUUUUUCAAACAAAAUGAAAGCAGCACUCUCAUUCUUAUCUUAAUAUUUAAUCUGCAUAGCAGAGAACUCGUAGGUGGUAGCUAAGUAUUAACUUACACAUUGACAAAUUCACUAACUAUUCCUUACGUUCCAUUGUUAUUUUGAUCAAUUCUUAGUCUCGUAGGAUAUUUGUUUAACUUGUGAUAUUGUACUUUUGAGUGUCUUGCAUUCAAAAGCAUAUAAAUGAGUGACAUGUUCCCACUCCGCCGAUCUCGGCCCCGCCCUAUGGUGUUUCAACCAAUCACAGCUGUGAUUAACAUCUGAAGUGCGUUCACUAAUGACGCGCGCGUCUAUAGGACAUCGGACAGGCGUACGCGGCGUUUUGUCCACGUGUGCAGUAGGCGGGGCGUAAUAGAUCGAUCUUGUUCGGCAAUUUGCUUCUGGUUGCAAGACACAGUAGUUUUCAUUUUCUUGGAGUGAUGGUAAAGAUGUUAGUAAAAUGUGUUUGGCAGAUUGUGUGGUGUCUAAAUGGAGGAAAGGUUUUGAUGAGUUUAUGCAGAAAAGCAUCCACUGCCAAUGGAAAAGGUAUCAAGUCAUUACGUGCAAAAUAUCACCCAUGAAAAAGAAAGCAGUUGAUAGAGUUACCAAUAUAUUGCAAAAUGGUCACCUGUGUCAUUCAAUCCAUCAGUCAUUAUGUUAAUAAACUUUACCAUGAAAAGCAUUGCACUGAGACAUUGCAAAAUUGUAAUUAAUGUUCGUCAAUUUGAAGGCCAUGAACCUGUCUCUUGUAACGCAUCGAAUGCCUAGUUGUUCAUGUAGCCCAAUCAAACAGUUUUCUGAAUUAAAAAAGCACUCAAUAUGACGACCACAUGUAACUUGGGGACCUUUUCUUUUUCAUGGGUGGCGGUUGAUUUGUUUGGGGGAAAAGCAUCUGAGGAGACGUCUGAUGACGAGGUCGUGUAAGUUGCAACGUGAAUAAACACGCAUUGCUUGCAAUGCAGUUAUAAGUCCAUAAAAAUUAGUAAGCCACAUUAAAGCUGGCUGGAAAGCAGACUUUUAUACAAGCCUCCAUGUUUGCAAUCGUUGAAGCAGCUUGCAUAGAUUAAACAUAUUUCUACAUAAUUGUACAAUACAAAGAAACAACCCGUAAACUUUUCAGAACCUGUCCAGAAAUAUUUAAUAUAUUAUAUUAAAAGUAUAAAUAAUUUUACUUUAUUUGUAAAUGAAUCGCUACCAAAAUGUUUCUGGUUUGUAAGAUAACCAGGUUAAACCAAACUAGCACUAGUUUUAGUGAGAAUCUGUAUAAACGUUUUGUGUGGGAAUUUUUUAUUUUAACUAGAAUUUACUUUCAAUGUUUACCGGUUUACCACUCGAAAAGUCAUGAUUCAAAAUAGAGAGCUGUGAAGAAUAUACAUUCAAUUUAUUACUUGAGGACAACUUGGUCGAAGGUUCGCAUGAAAUUUGAUACUGAAAAGGGGGAUUUCGAAAUGUGUAAAUAAUGAAAUUCAGGGAAUGAUAUUUUUGUAUCUGGUUAGUCAUCAAUACUUCAGCUGCCUGAUAAAAAAUACCGCAAACCUGGUUAUCAAAAACGUUUCCUGGGGUUGAAUUAUGACUUUUCCAUUGGGAUCUUAGUUGUUGGUCAGGACAAUUAUCCUGGUGGGAACGGUUUGAAUUAUAAAUUUUGAUUUUAAAGUUUUACAUAUAUGUUAAACUUGUUGUAUGUAAAAAGAAAAUGAUGUUUAAAAAAAACCAGUUUCACAUGUUGAGGGACUAUUACCAUCGUAGGCAACAGCAUAUAGAAUGGAAUGGGAUCAAUAUGCAUGGUUGUACUGGAUAUAUUUGUAAUUUAUAUUUUUCUACAUUUGUUUCACUUUAUUGGUAGUCUACCUUGAAAUAUAGCCAUCUUUAAGGGAGGCAUGUCCACUGUGCCAUUGUUUGUGUGUGAUACUUCACUUUUCAGGGUCGGAUGCAUGUUACUUGGGUUAACAGACAAAACACAAUCGGAUGAAUUUAUAGAGAAACCUUAAUUUGUGAAACUGGUUUUCAGUUCGAAAUGUUUGACGGUUUAGUUACAACUCUAAAGUUCUAUUUUACUCUGUGUUUUAGUAUAUAAAAUAUUGAUAGUAUCUAAAGUCAAUGUGCCUACUUAUUAUCAAAGCUAAUUUAUUAAAGUAAAAGGAAACAAUU